UUCAAUUUCACCCACAAGCAACCCAGAACAACUGGCCAGAAGAAUUCGAGACCCAAUAAACGGAAGAAACAUAUGAGAUUAUAGACUGACUAUGAUGAUGGCAGCCUCAUCUUUAUCCUCUUCUGUAAAAUUCCAUUGUCGUCCCAAGGCUUCACCUCACAAUCACAGCAAUGCUGCAUACCCAUUUCAUAAAUUUACUUGCAAUUGGAACUCCAAGAAUCAUUCUUUAAUGCUGCCAACUUGGAUUUCAUCUAAUGGACGACGCCGUUUUGAUGCUUUCAAGUCAUUCUCUGGACAACAGGUGCAGAAACAGGAAGAUGAACAAGUGUAUGAAUUUGAGAGGUUGUUUUCUAACCUCAAUCAAGCUACUUUGAAGAGAGAACCAGGAAGCCUUAGCAGUGCCAUUUUUCUUGUUGCUGGCACCACAAUAGGUGCAGGGAUACUUGCAAUUCCUGCAGUGACACAAGAAUCUGGGUUUCUUGCCUCUGCAGUGACCUGCAUUGGUUGUUGGAUUUUUAUGGUCACAACUGGGCUACUAAUUGCUGAAGUGAAUGUGAAGACUAUGUGUGAGCUGGGUUCUGGUGGUGUGUCUUUGGUGUCAAUGGCCAUGAGAACCCUUGGUAAUACAGGGGUACAAAUUGCUUGCUGGUCAUACAUUUUCAUUCAUUAUGCUCUUCUUGUUGCUUACGUGGCUCGCUCUUCAGAUAUAUUAACAAGCUUUCUUGGCAUUCCAUUAUGGGAAACUGCAACACUGUUUUCACUGCUUCUAGGAGGCCUUUGCUUAUUUGGAAGCCAGAGAAUCAUUGGAGCAGUUAAUGGUGCCCUAGUCCUUGGAAUCAUUGCCUCCUUCACAGCUCUUGUGGUUGUUGCUAGUGGAGACUUGCACUGGGAGGCUCUUCUGAAAGCUAACUUUGAAGCUGCGCCUCAAAGCAUACCCAUAAUAGCGCUUUCCUUUGUUUAUCAGAAUGUAGUCCCUGUUCUCUGUACGAAUCUCGAAGGAGACCUGUCAAAAGUAAGGAGUGCAAUUAUUCUGGGAACUGCUAUUCCGCUUGCUCUCUUUCUUGUUUGGAAUGGCGUUAUUCUUGGAACAAUUGGCGCUCCCGAAACAGGCUUGGACAAGAUUGUUGACCCUUUGCAGCAGUUGCGAUCUGCAAAUGGAGUUGGGCCAAUAGUUGAUGUCUUCUCACUUUUCGCAAUCGCUACUUCUUACAUUGGAUUUAUCUUGGGCCUCUCGGACUUCCUUGCUGACUUGCUGAAAUUGCCCUCGGGCCAAAACACACUGCCGUACCUGCUUACUGUGGUUCCUCCAUUGAUACUAUCGUUGUUGGAUCCAGAGAUCUUCUUCAAGGCAUUGGAUUUUGCCGGGACAUAUGGAGUUCUGGUACUGUUUGGACUCUUGCCUGCUGCAAUGUCCUGGUCUGAUAGAUAUUCAGAAUCGUCGAAAUCUCCGAGAUUACCCCCUUUGGUUCCCGGGGGAAGGCUCACGCUGUCGCUCGUGCUUGGAGGUUCAGCGUUCGUCAUCCUUUCCGAAAUACUAGAGAACUUUGCUCAUGCAUGAAUGGAUGUGUGACCAUCCAUCUGCAACCCUCAUUUCUUCACUUCUCAGUUCCCUACUGCACUGUUACAAAGUGAAUUGGCAAAUUGAAUAGUUGAACAUUGUUUAGGCUACAGUUUCAUCAGAUGCAUAUUUGAACUUGUUGCUGUAACAGAAAACUGAAUAUCAUAAUAACAUAAAUUCACCUCUAUCUGAAAGUGCGUUGUAGGUGAAA